UAAGGUGAAUUCAAAUUAUAUUAUGCUUAAAAAAACUGUUUUUAUGAGCUGAAAAUGGCAACAAUUUGAACUGAGAUAUGAAAUUACAAUAACACCCUUAACUCGAAUAAUAAUGAUUAUUUCGUCGUGACAUAAAAGAAUCACUGGAUUGUGUUUGAACCGGUUCUUUGAAAUGAACUGUUUGAAUACACUGAAUCGCGGAAAUGAGCUGGAUUUGCACAUGAUGCCAUGGAAACGCGACGCUCUCCUGGAUUGACCAUAAAUGACCUCGGGAAAAUAACAGUUCGUUGGCGGUGACAAAAAGACACAGUAUGCCUCACAAAGCAGUUAAAGUGAUUGUUGAACUCCACCUGAGGGCGAUAACCUGUCCAGGUGUGCAUCUACCAGCCAAAGAUGAUGUUUACCUCAGUGUGAGUCUAAUGAAUCAAUAUAGGAAGUCAGAAUGCCUUCCUGCAGUGUUUCCAUUACUGAUUCGGGAGAAAAUAAGGUUUGAAAAGAUACUGAAUUACGCCACAGAUCCUGCAGCAAUAGCUGAAUUCCUGCAGUAUGAAACGGUGAAAAUAGAACUCAUUCAGCUGAUUCCUCCAGCUGGAGAAAUAUUGGCCAGUUUUGAAGAAGAUGCUCGAAGUUUUCUUUUCCCGGAGCCGAAGCUGGUGCCGUCUUUCUCUGGAGUAGAGAGAGAGGUAUUAAUGACACGGCAUCCCACUUUCCCUGGUAUCUCUCCAAGAUUAGAGUUCUCCACAAAGACGACAAUCAGUGAAAUCUCCAGUAACAAUGGCUUCCUGAGUGUUCCUGUGAGGGCAAUGACGAGGAAAACCUCCAAAAAGUCACGGAAACGGGGUAGCACCUCAUCUCAAAGACAUCUCUCGUCUGUUUCAUGUAGUCAGAGAGGACACCCCAACAGAGAUCAGGUUCAGAGGUCAGGUGGGCGGUCCUCUUCCUGUUAUUCACCUGUCUCUGACAGAAACUCCAUAUUAAGGAGUCUGUCACCACAUCAAUCAAAACCAUCCAGAGAAGCAGGAGACCCCAGAAGAAGCUUUUCCAGACCUUGGAUGGGUGAUGACUCUUCAGACACAGAUGAUCUUCUCGACUACGCUGAGGAAGUAGGCCGUCAUCAUUCCCAAAUGGGAUAUGAGGGAUCUCCGAGCCCAAGCCACUCCAGCAUGGAACGCCAGAGGCACAAUGGCUCUCUCUUGGGCUCUCCUGACCUUUGGGAGGAGGUUCAGGAACGGGUUCAGAGCCUUUUAACAUCUCCCAAAGCAGUCCAUAGACUAGCCUGUGGUGCCACCGACUCUGAGAUAGACGAGGUACUGAUACGGAGAUGUGUUUUGGCCCACUCGUGCCCAUUUUAAACACCAGUGUGUGCUAUAAGGAAGUGAUGAAGCAGAGGAUCCUGUGAUUUCUUGUGGCAUUGCAUCAUUUUCCAUUCAAUUACUAGUGUAGUUGUGUUUGUAUUGCAGUUUUGAAAUGAAAUAGUAUAUUCCUGGUGUUUUUGAAGCACGGUGGUUCUCAAUCCUGUUCCUGGAGCCUCCCAAAAGUCCACACCUGAUUCACAUCUUGGGUCAUAUAAUGGAGACCAAAAUAGACUUUUGUGACACUAAAAUAGUACUUGUGCUUAAUAUAACCCUCAUAAAAAAAAUAGAAGCCAUGGUGCAGUAGCAUCGCAUAUGGUCACAAAAAGAGUUCAGCAUGCACUAUUUCACAUUUCAAAUUCGAUUGGAUUUGAUUGAUGCGAUUCUUAUGUAAAUAAGGCAAAGGUCCUUAAAUAACAUAUAAAAACAAAAAAAUCUUUUAAAGUGACCAUUCAACUGUGCUUUGAUGACAUCCUUUCUUCUUUGCAUUUUUAUGCAAAAUUGCAAAUGUUGGCUUUCAUUCAUUAGCAAUUAAAAUGAAAUAGCUGCUUUGGUUGA